AUGAUCGAUACAACUCUGGCCUGGCCUAUUCUUUUUACUCCUGAUGAAAUACAUUCAGAAGAACCUAGUGAUAAUAUUAUAUUAUCCCUCAAGAAAAACUUUUUUACCAAUACCAUCCCAAUGAUUAUCCCGUUUGUAAAUAUUUUUCUAGAAAACCUUACUAUCCCACCACAACAAACGGAUUGGGUUGAUAUUAACACGAUUCACUUUACUCAGCUGAAAGUGGGUGAUGCAUCAUUGGACAUGUCGAGUCCUAAUAAUUUAUUUCUUUCUAUUGAGGACAUCAAUCUUGUAAUGCCAGACAUUGGAUUUGUUUUAAAAACACCUUUACUCACUUGCGAUGGAAAAGUCCGGGCUGUCAUUAACAUUACGGACGCAAAAGUGUUGUUAACUACACAUCGUCUCGUAAAUGGAUCUCUACGGUUGAAGGUUAUGGAAACGAAUAUUUCUUGGAAGAAUAUACAGACCCAUCACACACUUGAAGGGACAGGAUGUAGUUUUAUGGAAAAGAUAAUUGCCGCUCUACUUGGUAAUCUUGAUGAUUUCAUUGCAAAAACAAUGAAAAAAGAGGUCCCAGAGAAAGUGGGUCCACUUGUAGAAAAUAAAGCAAGGGAUUUCCUUGACAGUCUUCCGGUCCUAUUCACUAAGGAUCCGGAUAUUACAUUUGAAAGAAUAAUAUUUGAAAUGAAAUUAAAUCCAAAAACGUCAGAUUUUAAUACCCAAUUCCCAAAGAGAUUAUAUCGAAAUGAACCGCAUCAUCCUCAAACAGAUUUUGGACUGCUCUUCAGUGAAAUCACAAUAAACAAUUUUGUACGCUACCUUCGCAGCAUUGGUAAACUUAAUCAAACAAUAGCAUUACCCUCGGAAUACGAUUCUUCACUAAUUGAAUCUAUCUACCCUGAGGUAUACAAAUAUUGUCCAAAUUGUCCCUUUUCCGUAAGGUUUGAUGCAAAAAUUCCACCUUUGGUAGAACUGAAUUUAAACCAAUCUUCCAUUGUUCACGUUACGAAUGGUUUUGUUGGUUUAAGUAUGAUACCUCUAUCAGGUGAUGUGAUUCCCGUAAUAGAGAUGUUGGUGAAUUUUACAGGGGGUGUAAAGAAUCUUGAAUUGACUAAAGAUGAGAGAUUAAUCUUUAACUUGACCAAUGUGAAUAUUACACUUAACGUAUUAAAAACAAAUAUUCACCCAAUAAAUGUUACGGAACUCUACAAUAAACUCUCUUGGUUUCUUAAUGAUGUUUGCAUACCUCUAUUUAAUGUCAAGUUUACGGGAAUAACGCUUCCCUCGCAGAUUUCUAAACCGGUACUGAACAUAUCAAGUAAAACGAUAUUCACAGGGUUUGAUUUCAAGUGA